AUGGAUCCUAACAAGGACAAUGCCAAUCCCACAAUCUUAAACCCUUCAGAUCUACCCUCGCGUCGGAAAGGAGAUGCGAUUUCGAAUCGCGAGGAUGGAGGAACAGGGCUGUUUGACGGCCUCGUCCCUACUUACUCGUACUUGAGCGAUCCGUUCGAUGUUCCUCCAUCUCCAACUUCUUCAGAAGAAGACUCCCCCGAAGCUAUCGACGAGCAAGAGAUAUACGACCUCAUAUCUACUAUAUCAGAUCCUGAGCAUCCAUUGUCACUCGGCUCCUUGGCUGUCGUGAAUCUUCCUGACAUCCACAUCACUCCUCCUACCUCAUCCAGAUCUCUAAUCAGUACCGUCACGGUCGAAAUCACACCAACCAUCACACAUUGUUCACUUGCCACGGUAAUAGGACUCGGCGUUCGUGUGAGACUGGAACAGGCUCUACCGCCACGCUUCAGAGUCGAUGUUCGGAUUAAGAAAGGCACGCACAGCACAGAUGAAGCUGUCAACAAGCAAUUAGGCGACAAAGAGCGCGUGGCAGCGGCUUUGGAGAAUGGAACGCUGAUGGGUGUCUUGCGAAAAAUGCUCGCGACUUGUGAGUAG